GAGAAAAAACAACAACCCGGGUGCAACUCUAAAAGGGAUACUUCGAAAACAUCGGCCCGCACACGAGGAAAAAUAAAACACCUCUUGGAAGGCGUAAAGGCGAAGGCAGGAAUUGCAGAUGUAGGACUAAGAAGAUACCACAAGAAGGGGGGGGGGAGAAACAGAGGGAUCGGCUGAGCUGGGAAGCAGCUGAGUAGAGUGAUUUGCUGAGAGUUUAAGGUGGUUUGAAAGAGGGAUUGCUGUUUGGAAGGUGUGAUCCAUUCUACUCUCAGAUUUGGAUAUCAUUUUUAAUAAAUGAUACCGCUACCAGCCUGCAAGCUUUGCCUAGGAGCAAGUCCCAUUGCACUCAGUAGAGCUCCUCCAGAAGACCUGUUUAUUGAGCAUGCAUCCUGAUUUGCUUGCACAAAGCUUAUGCGGAGGCCUCACAGGAACAACAUCCCCACAUGAGCACCCUCCGAGGGAAAUGGAAGGGGCAGUGAUAGUGGAACUUUCUCAGGGUCACGUGGCUUUUGAGGAUGUGGCAGUAUAUUUCACAGAGAGUCAGUGGGCUCUGCUGGGUCCACGUGAAAAGGCUUUAUACCGGGACGUCAUGCAGGAAAAUUAUGCAAAUGUGGCCUCCUUAGCAGGAUUUCGAGUUGUCAAACCCAACUUGAUCUCCCAGCUUGAGCAAGAGGAAGACCCAUGGAUCCCAGACCAGCCAGUCAUGGAGGAAAGGGAGACCAUAUCGGAGCCUGAUACAGAGAUUCCUGAUGUGAUAAUAAAGCUGGAACAAGAAGAAGAUCCAUGGGCCCUGGACCACCAGCAGCAUGAGAACUUCUCAGGUACCACCAGCUCAGGAUUUCCUGAUGUUGUAAUAAAGAAAGAGCAGGAAGAGGAGCUGUGGGUCCCAGAUUAUCCAGGAGUUGACAAAAAUGCAAACGCUGUUGCAAAUCAAUCAGGAUUUCCUGGGAUAAUAAUAAAACUAGAACUAAAAGAGGAAACCUGGCUCCCGGAAUUCCAGGCAUCUGACGAAAGUGCAACUGUCUCAGGCAUCCAAUCAGGCAAUUGGCAGCAUAUGAAAAAGGAAGAUUACCUCCUAUUGGAAAACACUAAUCAAGUGUCAACAGAUAAGGCACUCUUAGGAAUUGCCAAAAGAAGAAUAUUCCAGUAUCCAAAGAAGGCAGAUAUUUCUGUGAAAGAAGGCCGAGCAGAAAGGCAUCAAGGAAAUGCCUCUGGAAAGAGAGUAGGAAAGACAUUAUCUUGUGGUGGAGGUGACAUCAAUGAAACCAAACUCCAAAAGAAAAUCUACAAGUCUGGGAGAAUGCUUAAAAAAGGAGAUGAACCAUGUAAACACUUAGAUGAUGAUAAGAGAUCCGGUUGGAGAUAUUAUCUGAUGGCCCAUGGAAAAAAACAUAUAGGAGAUAAACUAUAUACAUGCUUAGUCUGUGGGAAAAAAUUCUUUCGGAUAUCACAUCUUAUUAGACAUAAGCUAAACCAUACAGGGGAGAAACCAUAUGUGUGCUCAGUCUGUGGGAAAAGUUUUAAUCAAAGAUCCCAUCUUCUUAGCCAUGAAAGAACCCAUACAGGGGAAAAACCAUAUCCAUGCUCUGUCUGUGGUAAAAACUUAAGUCGUAAGGCACUCCUUAUUAGACAUGAGAGAAUUCAUACAGGAGAAAAACCAUACAAAUGCUCUGUGUGUGGUAAAAGCUUCUGUCAGAGCUCUGGCCUUGUUGCGCACAAGAUCACCCACACAGGAGAGAAACCAUAUGUAUGUUCAGUCUGUGCAAAAAGCUUUAGUCGCAAAGCAAGCCUUAUUAGACAUGAGAGAAUUCAUAUGGGAGAGAAACCAUAUACAUGUCCAGUCUGUGGCAAAAACUUCAGUCAGUGCUCCGGCCUCCUUCAGCAUGAAAGAAUUCAUACAGGAGAGAUCCCAUAUAAAUGCUCAAUCUGUGGGAAAAGUUUCAGUCGUAAAGAUUGCCUUUUGGGACACAAGGGAAUCCAUACAGGAGAAAAACCAUAUACAUGCUCAGUCUGUGGAAAAAGUUUUAAUUGGAAAAGUUACCUGGCUGUCCAUGAGAGAAGCCAUAAUGAAGAAAAAUCAUAUAUAUGCGCAGUCUGUGGGAAAAGCUUCAACCAAAGAUCAAAUCUUUUUAGCCACGAAAAAACCCAUACACAAGAAAAAACUUUCACGUGUUCUAUCUGUGGUAAAAACUUCAUUCACAAAGUAAGCCUUAUUAGACAUGAACGAGUCCAUACUGGAGAGACACCCUAUAAAUGUUCUGUAUGUGGGAAAGGUUGCAGUGGGAGAACUAAUCUUAUUUCACAUGAAAGAACUCAUACAGAAGAAAGACCUUAUGCAUGCUCAUUCUGUGGUAAAAGUUUCAAGCAAAGAUCCAACCUCACCAGCCACGAAAGAAUUCAUACUGGAGAAACUCCUUAUAUGUGCUCAGUCUGUGGUAAAAGCUUCAGCUGUAAGGCAAAUCUUCUUGGACAUGUGAGAACCCAUACAGGAGAGAAACCAUAUUCAUGCUCAGUUUGUGGGAAAAGCUUUGGUAAUAAAUCACAAGUGGUUAUACAUGAGAGAAUUCAUACAGGAGAAAAACCAUAUACCUGUUCAGUCUGUGGGAAAAGAUUCAAACACAGAACAAGCUAUACUGAACACCAGAAAAUCCACACACAGGAAAAACCAUACACAUGCGCAGUCUGUGGAAGAAGUUUCAGUCGUAAGGAACACCUGAUUAUUCAUGGGAGAAUCCACACAGGAGAGAAACCAUAUUCAUGCUCAGUCUGUGAGAAGCGCUUCAAGCAAAAAUCAAGCCUUACUUCACAUGAGAGAAGCCACACAGGAGAGAAACCACAUACAUGCUCAGUCUGUGGUAAAAGUUUCAAUCGAAGAUCAAACCUUAUUCAUCAUGAGAGAAUUCACACAGGAGAAAAACCACACCAAUGCGCAGUCUGUGAUAAAAGUUUCCGGAGUAAAGCAUACCUGAGGAGACAUGAAAAAAUCCAUGCAAGAUAGAGAAUCCAUAUAGGGUCAGAGGGACAUGUUCUGUCUGGGAGUGAAAACCACAUUUGCUAAAGGAAGAUUAAAUAGUGAUGGAUAUAAUAAUGUGAGGUUUGGAUGUAACUAAACUACAGUAUAACACUAUAGUAAUGAGUCUGUGCAGCCUGGAAAAGGAGACUGGAAGCUUACAUUUCUGUUUUCAACUAACCAUGGUUGUUUUGUCCAAGCCAAGAACUGUUAGUUCUUUAUUAUGUCCUGAAGCUUGUGCACGUAACACUAAACUAUAGUUUAGCAUUAUAUGUGAACCAGGCUGCAUUACAUGUAAACCAGGCCAGUGAAUUUGAAACAUUCAGGCCUAAGCCCAUGAAAUAUAUUGUAUUAAGAUAAAGCUAGAAUCUAAGGGCUUAGACUGCACCAAGAAUGUCAGUCACAUACUGGCCCUUUGGCAACACUUUUGUAUUUUGGCAAAACAAAAAAAGUCAAGGUCUGUAACAAAAUUUCUAGUGCUAAAGAUGUGAAGACCUGGGGGAAAAACCAAAACUUUGUGUUUUUUCUGGGCCUUCACAUCUCUAUUCACAGCUCAUUGCUGUCUCUCAUGUUCCAGAUAUAAAAAGCAGAUAUUAGGACAAAAGCUCCUUUUAAACUUCUUAUUUAAGCAUUAGGAGGAAAAAUGAUACUGAAAGAGUAAAAGCAUAGACAAAUUACAUAUGCUGCACUAAGUAAUGAUGUUUCCCCCACAGUGAUCUGCAUUAGUGUACCUACAAUGCAAUUGUACAUGCAUUUGAGGACUGCAAACUUUUGUAGUCCAUGAAAUUGUUCUGGUUCCUUAAGAGUAAAAUUUCUAAUUGACUUAUUUACCUUUCUAAUUUCAAAUCCUGCUUUUUGUCCUUUUUAUUAAUACUAAAUCCUGGAAGCUUUUUCUUUUAGCUAUGCUAUAUUUCUAGAUAGGAUGUAUAUAAGAACACUUGUUUUGUUUUACUUUGGCUACAGCUAUU